UCGCGGUGAAACUCGUUCCGGCGUUCACGCAAGAAUCAAAGUCUGGGUCAAUGGCGGCGACCAGUUUCCUCGCGCCGGCUCGCGUACUUUAGUUCCGUUGCGUUUGAUUUAUCGUGGAAAACGACCGCUCAGCUUAUAAUUAACUUGCGGUUUCUUGGCUGAUUUAAUUGGUGGUAUUACUUGUCGGUUGAUUGAUUCGUAUAGAUGAAUAAGCGGAUUGAGGGAAGAACAGAUGUGAAUUGAUCGCGACAAGUGAUUGUUUUAACGCUGAUAUAUUAACUAUCGUCUCUUCUUAUUCUGUUUAAUGAAAAUGGAAGUUAUAAAGUACUAGGUCGUCGGUGCUUCUUAUAUUUAUUAUAGGAUUAUGCCUGCACGACGUUCUUGCGAAACACCAUCACAUAAAAUUGAGGCACGAGAGACAUCGUCGACAACAUGGGGAGAACUAUCUGCCCAGCAGUUUUGUGCUGGACACGGACGAGGCUGAACGAGGAACUUGGGGGCCCUGGUCGUCGGCCAGCUCCUGCUCCAGGUCGUGCGGCGGUGGUGUCGCCCAUCAGACCAGGCAGUGUCUUGAUAUUGACGACAAUGGGUACAGCAGGUGCACCGGUGCAUCGAGGCGAUUCUUCUCCUGCAACAUUCAGGAAUGUCCGGGCGAGGCGAAGGACUUCCGUGCGGAGCAGUGCGCGGAAUUUAACAGCGUGCCAUUCGAGGGAAUUUACUACGAUUGGAUUCCGUACACGGGCGGGCCGAACAAGUGCGAAUUGAAUUGCAUGCCACGAGGCGAGCGUUUCUUCUACAGACACAAACUGAUGGUGAUAGACGGGACGCCAUGCGAGGUGGAGAAGAACGACGUCUGUGUCGGAGGCAAAUGCAUGCCUGUUGGAUGUGACAUGAUGCUUGGAAGCGAGGUGAAGGAGGAUGCUUGCAGGGAAUGUGGAGGAGAUGGGUCUAAUUGUAAUACAGUUUCCGGUUUGUUCGAUACGGAUGAUCUUCAAGCGGGAUACAUCGAUAUCAUACUGAUUCCCAAAGGAGCAACGAACGUUGUGAUAAGAGAGAUCGAACCCUCGAAUAAUUAUUUAGCUAUUAGAAACACUUCGGGCCAUUAUUAUCUAAAUGGAAACUGGAGGAUAGAUUUCCCGCGAAGCUUGAAAUUCGCCGGGACUAUAUUCCAUUAUUCGAGAGAUCCGCAAGGUUUCUCAGCACCCGAUACCAUUACCGCCUUGGGACCGACGAAUGAGCCAAUUUACGUGGUGCUCCUUUAUCAAGACCACAACGUUGGGGUUCACUACGAGUAUAGCGUGCCGAGAAGGAUUUCCCAGCAAACAGACGCGGAUAGCUAUACGUGGAUAACCGACGAAUUUUCCAGCUGUAGCGUGACUUGUGGUGGAGGUUAUCAAUCGAGACGGGUGGCCUGUGUACGAAAAAGGGAUAACCAACCGGUGGAUGAGAGCCUUUGCGAUCCACAGUUGGAACCAGCUGACACAGAGGCAUGCAACGUGGACCCGUGUCCACCUGUGUGGGUGGAGGGCGAAUGGGGUCCUUGCAACAAGCACUGCGGCAAAGGAGGUGAGCAGAGCAGAGAGAUCAAAUGCGAGCAGGUCAUCUCCGGUGGAAUCCCCACAUUGGUGGACGAUAGUCAGUGUCUGGAGAAGGUAGGACCAAAAGGGCCGACCAAACAGGAAUGUAACAAGGACAUACCGUGCCCCCAAUUCCACGUGGGACCCUGGAAACCGUGUGAUCAUUUGUGCGGACCGGGCAAGCAAACAAGAAGAGUGACGUGUUACAAGAAGGUGGACGGGAAGAUUCAAGUGCUGGAGGAUCAGGCAUGCGAGGGAGACGUUCCAGAGCGUGAGAAACCUUGCGAAUUGAGACCUUGCGCCGGCCUCGACUGGGUCACGUCGGAUUGGAGUGGAUGCGACGACAAAUGUGGACUUAGCCAAGAAACCAGGACCACAUACUGCGCCACUCAAGAUGGAACCGUUUAUCCGGAUGAAAAAUGCAACGUCGAAAAGCCUGAAUUGGUGCGAGAUUGCGAGAGUAAAAAGGAAUGCGAGGUUCUCUGGUUCGCUUCUCAAUGGAGCGACUGUUCAGCGAAAUGUGGGUCAGGUGUGCAGACACGCAAGGUGUUCUGUGGUACGUUCGAAGGUGAAACGGUGACGAAAGUGCCGGACGAAAAAUGCGACCCGGCCAAGAGAUUCAACGACACGAAAAAUUGCACAGCCGAAGAGGAGUGCAAAGGAGAAUGGUUCGCUGGCCCGUGGAGCAAGUGUUCGAAACCGUGCGGCGGUGGCACGAUGGACCGCAAGGUGAUUUGCAUGAAGGCCAACAUGACGGUCCCGCCUGUGCAGCUGAGCAACUGUGGCACCAACACGAUCAUAUUCUCCAUAGAAAAUUGUAACAACCAACCAUGCGAAUCAGAUGAAGUGAUACCAAUGCAACCAGAUAAGAUCAAAGAUCUCACCGAGGAGGAUGAUGAAUGUGAAGUGUAUGAGGAUGAAGACUUUGUGACUGUCUCAUCUAGUCUCGCACUUAGCGAUAAAUCCAGCAAAAUGUCAGACCUUACCGAGGCAACUCCUCUAAGUUCACCAAGCACAGAUGAUUCUACUGGAAACGACAUGGACGAUUUAAUGCUCAACGAUGAUGGUGCCACUCGAGGCGACAUAUCUCCUGGAGAAAUGGAAAACGGUGAAGGAAGCGGAACAGAUUUUACCGAUACAUUCUUCUACACUUAUACAUCGGAAUUCGAGUCAACAUUCGAAGGAAGUGGAACCAGUGAAAUCACAGAAGAAAACGAAUUGUUUACUACAGAAUCUGGAAUCACGGAAAGUGAUGUUACCGAGGAGACUGUCGAGGGAUCCACCACUGAUUCCACCGAUGAAUCAUCUGUGGAGUCGGUAACACAAGAAACUCUGGCAUCUGGUGAAACAGAUAUGACAACCGAAUCAGGCGCAACCGAAGCAACAACAGUUUCUUCUGAGAGCGGAGCAACCGAAGCCACAUCGAUGACAGAAUCUACGGAAACUGAAGGUACUGGGCCGACAGAAUCCACUGAAGCAGGUCCAACGACUUUUUCAUCGGAAACUGAAGGCACAGUUACGGAACAGCAGAUGACUGAAGAAUCUGUAUCAACAGUUACAAAAUCUGAUGAUACAGAUAAGACUACAGAAACAAGUGUCACCGAGGAAACUACUGAAUCAGGAUCUACAGAAUCAACAAUGUCGACAGAAUCAGGACCGACAGAAGAAAGUACAGAAUCUGGAGUCACAACAGAAUCUGGAGCCACAACAGAAUCUGAAGCUACAAUAGAAUCUGGAGCCACAACAGAAUCUAUGCCAACUGAAGUCACAGAGUCAACAGAAUCUGGAGCUACAACAGAGUCUGGAGCCACAACAGAAUCUGAAGGUACAACAGAAUCAGCAACUGAAGUUACUGAAUCAACAGAAUCUGGAGGGACAACCGAAACUACAGAAUCUGGCCCAACGGAAACUACCGUAUCUGGUGAAACUACUGAAUCUGGUCAAACCACAGAAUCUGGUGCAACAACGACAGAGGAAACAACGAUUUCAAGCGAGACUACCGAAUCGGGUGAAACUACAGAGUCUGGUACAACUGAGAGUGGUGAAACAACUGUCUCUGGAGUGACAGAGUCCACCGUUUCCGGAUUGACACCGGUUACUGAUGAAGAAGAGACCGAAGUAACAGAGAAGACGCACGUAACUGAAUUCUGGACGACGCUCGCUCCGGAAGAGGUCACACGCAAACAUCGCGUCUGCAAGGUGCCUAAAAAGAAAAAGACCUGCAAAACUAUGCCGUUUGGUUGCUGUUACGAUGGAAUCACUGCAGCGCUAGGACCAUUCGGCCAAGGAUGUCCCACAGCCCAAACUUGCAAUGAGACCAAACACGGUUGCUGUCCUGAUGGAGUAUCACCAGCCACUGGUCCAGAGAACAAAGGCUGCCCUGAAUCUCUCUGCGAUGAAACAUUGUUCGGUUGUUGUCCAGAUGGAGUUACCAUUGCUGAAGGCAAUGAUUUCGAAGGAUGCAAAAAACCUUGCAACGAGACAGAAUUUGGAUGCUGUCCGGAUAACGAGACACCGGCUAGUGGAGAAAAUAACAUGGGAUGCUGCAAUAGCACUGAAUUCGGUUGUUGUCCCGAUGGAAUCAAGCCUGCUUCUGGACCGGAUGGCGAAGGUUGCGAGGAGGAGAUCACUUCUAUCACUCCACUUACUGAAGAAUAUGAAACGACCACUGUGCAGGAAGAUUGCUCGAAUUCCACUUAUGGGUGUUGCCCGGAUGGUAUUUCCACUGCAACUGGCGCCAAUUUUGAGGGAUGUGGUAUUAUCAAUGCGGAGAACUGUACUAUAUCUUACUUUGGAUGUUGUCCUGAUGGAGCAUCACCAGCUCUUGGACCCAAUAAUUAUGGAUGCCAUAUGCCCUGUGAGAAUAGCACCUAUGGUUGCUGUGAAGAUGGUGUUACUCCUGCACACGGUCCCAACAGAGAGGGUUGUUGUCUAUCAACACAAUACAAAUGUUGUCCGGAUAACAUACUUCCUGCUCGUGGUCCCGAUUUCUACGGCUGUGGAUGUCAAUACACGAGAUUCGGGUGUUGUCCCGAUAAUAGUACCGCUGCUCGUGGACCGAACAACGAGGGUUGCGGAUGCAAAUACACGCCCCAUGGUUGUUGUCCAAACCGUUUUACGCCGGCCACAGGGCCGAAUUACGAUGGUUGUCCGUGUUACACGUAUCAGUUUGGUUGUUGUUCCGAUGGUGUCACUAUUGCAAAAGGUCCACAUGGACAAGGCUGCGGUUGCGAGAACACGGAAUUCAAAUGCUGCUCAGACGGAAGAACACCAGCAAAGGGCCCGAACUUUGCCGGAUGCACUUGCGAUGCCUCGAAAUACGGAUGUUGUCCGGAUGGCGUGGAAGAAGCUCAAGGAGAGAAUUUCGAGGGAUGUCUCUCAGUUCCAUCCAUCCCUGGAGCGGCUUGCGCGUUGGAAAGAGAUAGAGGACCAUGUCGAGACUUUACUGUUAAAUGGUACUUUGAUACAGAAUAUGGUGGAUGUUCAAGAUUUUGGUAUGGAGGCUGCGAAGGUAAUGACAAUCGAUUCAAGACUCAGGAAGAGUGUAAGGAAGUGUGCGUGCAGCCUAAAGGAAAAGAUGCCUGUUUCUUACCAAAGAUUUCUGGACCCUGUGAAGGCUAUUUCCCUACAUGGUAUUAUGAUUCUGGUAGAAAACAGUGUGGUCAGUUUGUCUAUGGUGGAUGUCUUGGUAAUGCGAAUAAAUUUAAAACCAGAGAAGAGUGCGAGGAACUUUGUGUCACUCCUGAUGAUCUGGAUCCUUGCGACCAAACGAAAGAAUCAGGUCCCUGCGAGGGCAACUUUACCAGGUGGUACUUCAACGCAGAAUCACAAGUUUGCGAACAAUUCCUGUACGGUGGAUGCAAAGGAAAUGAUAAUAAUUUCCCAACGGAAAUCGCUUGUCAUCAACAAUGCCUGCAACCAGGAAGAAGACGAGUAAAACUGACAGACGUGUGCCGGUUGGAGAAAGAUCCCGGCCCUUGUCCGGGCUCUGUGUUACGCUGGUAUUAUGACGCCGGGCGUCAGACGUGUAGCCAAUUUGUUUACGGCGGUUGUAAAGGCAAUGCGAAUAGAUUCCGUACACGUGCUGCUUGUGAGCAGCGCUGCCCUGUAAAAGAUAGUUGCUUGCUGCCGCGAGCCGAAGGUAACUGUGGUGAGAAGCAAUCUCGAUGGUACUUUGAUCAGUCGGAGAAUCGGUGCAUGCCAUUCUAUUAUACUGGUUGCGGUGGGAAUAAAAAUAAUUUCGAAUCUAGGGACGCAUGCGAAUCUGAUUGCCCGGCUAAAGUUGAGCAAGAUACCUGUCUCUUGCCCGCACUUUUGGGAGAAUGCCACAACUAUACUCAACGAUGGUACUACGAUUCGUACGAACAGCAAUGUAGACAAUUCUAUUAUGGUGGUUGCGGUGGAAACGAAAAUAACUUUGUCACCGAACAAGAUUGCAUUAAUAGAUGUCAGACUACGAUUACUACCCCUGCACCAGUAAGAGAGGUCGAAUUUAAAUUAGAAUUUUGCUUCCUUCCGGAUUCUCACGGUCCAUGUUCUGAUGAACAAAUCAAAUGGUUUUAUGACAGUAGAGAAGGUGUUUGCAAACAGUUCAGAUAUGGGGGCUGUCAAAGCAAUGGAAAUAAUUUCAAUAGUCGCGAAGAAUGUGAAUAUCGAUGCGGAGAUGUUCAAGAUGCUUGUAGUCUGCCCAAAAUUGUUGGGCCCUGUAGUGGUUUUGUCAAACAAUACUACUACGAUCACCGAGCAGAUUCCUGUUACGAAUUCGAAUACAGUGGUUGUCAGGGUAACAAGAACCGCUUCCAGGAUAAGGAAUCCUGCGAAAAAAGAUGCCAGAAACAAGUUGUUCAAACGGAAACAACGCCAAACGUUACUGUCACACUUGCUCCAGCAGUUGAAACUGUUUCGAAGAGCCCGAUUUGUUAUAUUCCCGUUGAUCCUGGUUCUUGCAAUAAUGAUAUCACAGCUUUUUAUUACGAUUCGCAGAAUCAGAUGUGUCAAGCAUUUCUCUAUGGCGGUUGUGAAGGAAAUGCGAAUAGAUUCCAAACAGAAGAACAGUGUGAACGUCUUUGCGGAAAGUUUCAUGGACAAGAUACAUGUAAUCUACCGCCUGAUUCUGGUGAAUGCCGAGGUUAUUUCCAAAAAUAUUACUAUGAUUCAGUCAACCGCAUAUGUCGCGAAUUUUCAUACGGUGGAUGCGAAGGUAAUGCAAACAGGUUUAGCUCAAUGGCUGAGUGUGAAUCUGUUUGCAUUCAUCACGAGGAACCCGUGCUUCCUGGAAACGACACCAGCCUUUCAAGCUUGUCAAGUUGUAAAGAACCAGUUGACGUUGGAUCUUGCACUUCUGGUACUACUAAACGAUUCUAUUUCGACGUUGAAGAGCAAACCUGUCGAGCGUUCAUUUACACUGGAUGCGGUGGAAAUCGUAACAGAUUCAAGACCUUCGAGUCUUGCAUUAGUACUUGCCUUAGCACUACUAACGAGAUCGAUGUAGAUUCUGGAAAGGAUACAAAGGAUCCUUGCACUGAAGCACGCGAAGAAUGUCAAACUAUUCGUUGCCCGUAUGGCAAAGAAGCGUUCGUGGACUCUCAGGAUUGUGAACGAUGUCGUUGCGUUGAUCCUUGUAGAACACAAAUUUGUUCCGAUAACACAAAAUGUGCCAUUACCUUAGUUGCUACCAAAGAUGGUACAGAGUACAAAGGAGUAUGCAGAUCAGUUAUGAAAUCAGGCCGUUGUCCAAGUGUAUCGAAUAGUACUAGAUGUGAACAAGAGUGUCUCACAGAUGCAGAUUGUUCUGGAGAUAUGAAAUGCUGUAAUAAUGGCUGCGGUGCUUCUUGUCUCGAACCAGCCGCCGAAGAAGUUAUAUCGACUUCUCCAAGAUCGUUCGUUACUGUACCUGUAGUUGGUGCUGAACCAGCUUCCAUCAAGCAACCAGAGGAGCCGAAAGUCAGUGCUCAGGAAGGUAGUUACGUAACAUUGAAGUGCAUUACUUUAGGAAAUCCAAGACCAAAAGUUACAUGGAGGAAAGGCACGACGUUGAUUGCAGAUUCAGAAGCCAGACGUCGUAUAUUACUUGAUGACUCUCUUCAAAUUAUUAAUUUAGAUCGAUACGAUGGUGGAACUUAUGUAUGUACAGCUGACAAUGGCCUAGGUCCACCAGUAAGAGCAGAAUACCAAUUGACUGUCACAGAACCGAAAGAACUAGCUGCGGCCAUCCUUGGAGAAUCUGACGCACGUGUGACAGUUGCCAUAAACUCUCCCAUAUCUCUGCAUUGUUACGCAUGGGGUUGGCCCAGACCUUUCGUCACUUGGUGGCGAGGCGAGCGCAUGUUGCCACUCGCUUCAGAGAUUUACGAACAGGAUUCCGAAUACUCCCUCCUGAUUAGAACAGUCACUGUACAGACUCUAGGUGUUUACACCUGUCAAGCAUUCAACGCAAUUGGCAGAGCUGCAUCUUGGUCGAUCACAUUGCAAGCUAUCGGUCCAGUAUACAAUGUCAAGCCCGAGUACGAACAAUAUAUGAAGUACCUGGUUGAUGCUCCUAAAAAAGCAGAGAAACCUAGAUAUCCCUAUAGACCCGAUAGAACGCAAACUCCUGACUAUCGUCAGAUUUAUGGAGCUAGUAAUACAACUAGACAGAGUCAAAUUCCUACGGUUAGUCCUAUUGGAUGGACUACUCCGGAAUACGGUUUAAGGUUUAGAGUGCCUGUCACAGCCAAUAUAACGAUAGGACAAAAUCAGUUCCCAGAGGGUAGUGACGUUAAUAUCGCUUGCCAUGUCGAUGGUUAUCCGAUUCCUCGAGUAUCUUGGUAUAAGGAUAAUGAAAUAAUUCAUCCGAACAAUCGAAUUCAAAUUACUGAAGUGAACAGACUCGUAAUCAGUGAUGCGAAUCGAGAAGAUUCAGGAAGAUAUCGUUGCGAAGCAAGUAAUGAUUAUUCGUCUGCUUCUACUAUGGUGGAUAUACAAGUUGCUGGAAUCUUUAUUCAUCCGAACUGCCAAGAUAAUUCAUUCUUCGCUAAAUGCGAUUUGAUCGUUAAAGCAAAGUAUUGUACGCACAAAUAUUAUGCGAAGUUCUGUUGUCGAUCCUGUACCGAGGCUGGUCAGCUUCCUUCCAGAGGUCCUCACUUAAAUAGUUCGAAAAGGAGGCGAAGAUACAUUCUGAAGAGCCUCGUCUAAGAACCCUUCUUCGAUUUCUUCCGGUUAGCCCGACGAACAAAGCAAAGAGCAACAGUUACGAUCAGGCAAAUAUCGGCUCUUAAUGCAUAAUUUUGAUUAUUAAUUAGAUAAAUGAAAGAAACGAUGACGAGAUUUAAAAGUGAUCAUUCGAUUCGACACACUUGUCUAUCUCGAUGGUGUGCCGUGUAAACGUGACGUUAAUUCACUGCCAAAGCCUUAGAACGUCUAUACAUAGAUACAUUUAAUAUAUAAAUUAAGCAACAGCGAGGCGGAAGAACAUGAAGAUGAGUCGCAUAAUGUAAUGAUUCUUUUUUCGUUGAUGUUUAAUUAUAUUUCUCCGUAUAUCUUUGUUUCAAAGUCGUCAUCGUCGUUGUCGUUUUAUGUAUGUAUAUACGAUCUGACGCUGGAAUCCUAGUCGGUCGAAGCCAUAUUAGGACAGGAAUGAUCGCUGUCCACCAGAAAGCGUCUCGAGAUUGGAUACCCGAUCGAUGCUAUUUUGCUUUUCUUUUCCUUUUCCUUUCCGUUCGAAUCGCGUUCGAAUCGUUGGAUAUCUAAGUGAGAGUCAUAUGGAAUUAUAUAAUGAAAUAUGAUAAUUAAAAGCUGGAAUAUUUGAUAAAAAUAUCG